UUUAUUGCUAGAUUAGCAAUAUUAUUGGGUGAUAGAUGGAGGCAUUUGAUUGUGAGAAUGGGGUUGAAAUUUCUGAAGGUGAUGAAUUCUAUAAUUCCGGUAAUUAAAAAAGGGGGGACAACUACUGGAAUGGGACAACUACUGGAAGUGAAUUGGGAAUAUUUUCGCUUUCUUAAGGGUUUCUCAGCGAUCAGCGUCAGAAUCGUAGGAAUUUACUUUUUUUAUUUCAUUUCUGCUCAUUAUCUCGAUUUUAAAUUAACUUUUCAAAUAAAUAAUUAUUUUAAAGAUGAAUUUUCUAAAGGAUUAGCACUUUGUUCUAGUGGAAAAUGCCAGUCAAAUAAUUCUUUAAAUAUUUCUUAUAAAUGUGAAUGUCCUGAUACACAUUUACUCUAUACUAAAGAAUCGGCAAAAAAUAUAGUAAAAAUUAUUUAUUUAAAGUACAACGGAGCUCACUAUAAGACACACCCUUAG